AUGUCUCAUAGAAUAGACCCUAAUCUACAACAACAACAACAAUCCGAUAACGUUUCAAGACAUUCGUCAUCUUCUUCACAUAUCAAUAGUCUUACUCCAUCUACCACUUCUUCCUCAAGUAGAUUCAAUUUGAAAAGAUUUACCAAUAGUCAUCUCAAUCAUAAUCUCAAUAGCAAUACCUCUAAUGACAUUUUUUCAAUUAGAAGCCAUUCUCCUGAUAGAUCUAUUUCUUCUGCAAGUCAACAACAACAACAACAACAGCAGCAGCAGCAGCAACAACAGCCGUUGAACAUGAGAAACUCAUUGACUAAUCCGAAUAUGAAUCAGUAUGUCACAUCUCCUUAUACUCAUGAAUAUAACAAUUCUCAUUCAAGAAAUACUUCAAUAAAUUCUGUAAAUUCAAAUCCUUUAAGUACAAAAUAUUCAUAUUCAAGAAGAGGUUCAAAUCAAAUACUUUCUCCGUCACCCACUGGAAAUUCUUCAAAUAAUAAUACUAGUAAUAUCAAUCCACAACAGAGAUAUUCUGUUCAUAGUAAUAAUCCAAAUUCCUCAAGCAUCCUUUCCCAAGGAUCUUUACAUAAUUUGAUGAAAUUCAUGACUCCAGAUGGGAAAGUCAAUUUAGAGAUGCCCAAUAAUCCUGCUGAAGUGGAAGCCUUGUAUGAAGAUAUAAUGUAUAAAAGAAACAUCUUACAAAAUUUACCUGCUGAUAAACAAAGGGAAUUAAUGAGUUAUGAUGUCAGCAAGAAAUGGUUAAUUGUAAAGCAAGAUUUACAAAGUGAAUUGAAAAAAAUGAGAUCGAAGAAUCCCUUACAAAAUUCAAAUCAUAAUUUACCUAUAAAUAAUAAUAAUAAUAAUACCAAUACUAAUAAUAUAUCAUCAAAUGGACAAUUAAAUAAUUCAAAUAUUCUAAUAUCAAAUAAUAAUUCAGGAUUAUCCACUGGUAAUCAAAACUUAUUGAAUAAUAAUGGAGAUCAUCCCAAAAAAUCCUCUUCUCCAACGAGGUUAUCGAUAAUUGGCAGUAAUUUCAACUCAAAUAAUAACAAUACUAUAAUUAACAAUUCUCAUUCUUAUUCAACUAAUAAUUCAAAUGGUCAUUCUCUUAAUACUUCAAAUAUGCUAACUCCAUCUAAUUCAAUUUCUAGUAGAAAUUUAAAUCAGCAAGAUGCAUCUCCAAUUAUAUCAAAACCAAAGACAAAAUUGAAAAAUUCAAAUAAUAUUAAUAAUAAAGCGUCUGCUUUAAGCCCUGAUAGAACAAAUCGUUUACCAAACGAUUAUAUUAAAGAAAUUUUAAAUGAUAGAUUAAGUGUUGAUGAAAUGAAUGAUUUAUGGGUAACUUUAAGAACUGAACAGUUAACUUGGGUUAAUACGUUUUUAGAAGAUCAAGGUCACAUUGCAAUGGCUAACUCAUUGAUGAAAUCCAUUUAUAGAAUAAAUACCAUGCAAAAUUCAUUAUCAACCUAUUUGAUAGAUAAAGAAUAUAAUUUCUUUAAAUGCUUUAGAGUCUUAAGCAUGUUGUCACAAGGGUUAACAGAAUUCAUAAAACAUAAAUUAAUGACUGAUACUUUAGUUCAAGGGUUGUUUUCCACAAGAUUAGCCACUAGAAAAAUUGCUACGGAAAUAUUCGUUUUAAUGUUACAAAAGAUUAAUGAUGAUGGAUUAAAUAUACUUUUAACAACAUUUGAUAAAACGUUUUCAAUUAAUGAAAAUCUAAAUAUGGUUUAUUUAUUAAAAAAUGUUCCUGAUAAAUACCAUUAUUUGAAUUCUACAAACACAACACAAAUUAAAGUUUUAGUUUCUUGGUUAUAUGCCGUGGAAUCAACGUUAGAUGGGAGAGGUAAGAUGGGCUCAUUAGUUGGUGCUUCCCAAGAUUUUAAAAUUACUGGUGGUGAAAAUGCUAUUUUGGAAUAUUGCCAAUGGACAAUGGUUUUAAUUAAUCGGUUAUGUAAUGCUUCCACAAUUAUAAAUCAAAGAGUCCUAUUAAGAACUAAAUUAGAAAAUAUUGGUUCAAUAAGAAUAAUGAAUAAAUUGAAAAAACUAGAUUAUGAAAAGAUUACAGAACAAUUAGAAGAUUAUGAAAAUAAAAAAUUAGACGAUUUAAAUACUCUUCUGGAACAGGACACAAAAAGCUCAGUUGAUCUGGAUAACCCAAUAUCACUAUUAUCACAUUUAUUAGAAGUUUGUAAGGACACCGAAGGUGAACAAUCAUUAACCUCCAUUAUACAACAUUUAUACCUGUCAAGUUCAAAAUUAUUCGAUGAUAAGGAUGAUCCAACAAAGUUAUCAAAACAAUUAAAAUUGAUGGAUAGCUUAAUGACUGAUGCAACUCUUUCAACUGUCGAUAAUGAAUCUAAAAUGAACAUGGCUAUUCAACAUCUUUAUGAUUCUAUGGUAACUGAUGAUGUGGCCAGACGAGCCAUAUUAGAAAGCAGAAAUUUAACAAAAAAGUUGGAGGAAGUUCAAGCUGAAAGAGACUUUUUAAGCAAUAGACUAAGUGAAGCUGAAAAUGGUUUAGUAGGUAAAUUAGAAAAUGAACUAGCACAAAGAGAUAGCAUUUUAGCCAAAAAUCAAAGGGUCACCCAACAAUUGCGUACUGAAUUAGAUGAGUUGAAGAAAAAACAUUUAAUGGAAAAGCAUGACCAUGAAGUUGAAUUAAGAAAAAUGCUAACAAUUCUAAAUUCAAGGCCGGAAACUGAAUUAGAUAAUACCAUGUCAUCAAUAUCACGUACUAAGAGAAAUAAACAUGAAAUUGAAAAAUUAGAACUACUAAAAAGAAAAAAAGUAAUAGAAAAAGCUCUACAAGAUGGUCUACAAAAAACUAAAAAAGACUUAAGCUUAGAUUCAAAAAGAUUCGGCAUCACUGUUCAGCCAAAUAAAAGAUUACAAGCCUUGAGACUGCAAAUGGAGGAUAUUGAAAAUGAAGCUAGACAGUUAGAAAUGACUAAUUUUACAGAUCCAGUACGUACUCCUAAGAAGGGUCAAGAAAAGAGAGAUUCACAUAAUAAACAUCCAAGCUUAAAGCCCGGAAUUCCAAUUGCUAAAAAGAAUAAAGAUAGAUCUGAAGAAAUGGCAAAGAAACAACAAAAAUUAGCCGAAUUAAGAAAAGCAUUAGCUGAUAUACAACAAGAGACUAAUGACAUUUCGAGAUUUAAUGUGGAGGAACAUGUAAAUGAAUUAUUUAAUGCCAAAAAGAUACAAGCUAUGGAGAGAUUAAAAGAAUUAGAAACAAUGUAUCAAAAUUUUGGUGUUGAUUUUAAUAUGGAAGAAUUUUUAGAAAAAAACAAUACAUCAACUAAGGAGUUGGAUCCAGAUAGCCCAGCUUACGAAACAUUGGACCCUAACUUAUUUAUAGACAAGAUGGAUGAAUUGGAUAAAUUUUCCAUGAAGUUAGAUCAACUGACUUCUGACCUAAAUAAUACAAUGUCUGCCAAGCAAAAUUCCCUUUCUACUACCAAUUCUAAUCAAAUAUCUACACCUUCCUCGACAUCCUCCUCUGAUUUUGAAUCAGACGAAGAAAAUGAAAAUACUGCUUUAAGCAAUAAUGUUAAUGAUAACUCAAGUACAUUCUCACAUCAAUCAACAACUUCGGGAGGGAGUUCAUUUUUGGAAAGCUUAUCGCAAAAAUAUGGGACUGGUCAAAAUGCUUCUGGCCCAAUGUCAAGUAACACGCCUAAUGUUUCCCACUAUAAUCCUGAACGUAAGUUUAUGUCACGCAUGAAGAAACAGCACGCUACGCCUAAUUAUAUUAGGGAAUUAAACCAAAAAGUCUCUGUUACUCAUUCAUUAAGUGAAGAGGAAACUGAUUAUGAAGAUGCUGCUGCUAAUACAAAAUGUCCAUCCAGAAAGGCUAGAAAAUCUUCCAAAAUAUCCAAUGAAAAUCCAACAGAUGAAGAUGAUGAAGAGGAGGAGGAAUAUACCGAUACAGAAGAUAUGAAAAACGAGAAGACUAAAAAGGUUACUGCUACAAAAUCUAAGGAGUCUACACCCGUCAAAACAUCUCCAGCUGCUCCUCCAAUGCCUGAAUUCCUGUCAGGUGAUACUGUUUCAACAGAACCUGAAUCUGAGAAAACAUCAACUGCAGCACCACCUCCGCCCCCACCACCUCCACCUCCACCUCCAAUUCCACCAAUAUUAUUAACAUCUGGCGGCCCACCUCCACCUCCUUUACCAGCCAUGCUUCAAUCUGAGUCUACUACUCCUCCCAAUCCAAACUCACCAAUGCCACCACCUCCUCCACCUCCACUAAUGUCAGAGAAGUCUAUGUAUAGAACAGAUAGUGCUCCAGAUUUCAGCACAUCUCCCAACUUUUUUGAAAAAUACCCUCGUUCUCAGAAGAAAUUAAAACAACUUCACUGGGAAAAACUUGAUGAUACAGAUAACUCAAUUUGGGUAAAUGGUAAAGCUGAAGAAUUUGCAGAUGACCUGUUUGAAAAAGGUGUCUUGAAGAGAUUAGAAAGUGCCUUUGCUGCCAGAGAAAUCAAAUCAUUAGCUUCUAAAAAGAAAGAAGACUCUACAAAAAUUACAUACCUGUCUCGUGAUAUCUCGCAACAAUUUGGUAUUAAUUUGCAUAUGUUUAGCAAUUUAACAGUCGAUCAAUUGAUUGAAAAAAUAAUUAGAUGUGAUCGUUCUAUUCUAAAUACACCGAGUGUUAUUGAUUUCUUAUCGAAACAGGAAAUCGUGGAGGUUUCUGUAAAUCUUGCAAGAAGCUACGCACCUUACUCAACAGACUGGGAAGGUGUUAAAGAUGUAAAGGAUGCCAAACCACCUGAAAAAGAUCCAAAUGAAUUACAGAGAGCAGAUCAAAUAUACUUACAAUUAAUGGUUAAUUUACAAUCCUACUGGGGCUCUCGUAUGAUUGCUUUGAAAGUAGUUACUUCUUAUGAAAAAGAUUUUGACGAAUUGAUCCGCAAAUUAAGACGAGUAGAUCUAGCUGUUGGUAGUAUUCAAAAAUCAGAAAAUUUAAAGAAUGUAUUUAAUGUAAUUCUAGCUGUUGGUAAUUUUAUGAAUGAUGCAUCAAAGCAAGCUCAAGGUUUUAAGUUAGCUACUUUACAAAGAUUGACAUUUAUUAAAGAUAGCACUAACAAUAUGACCUUUUUGAAUUAUGUUGAAAGUAUUAUUAGACAAAAUUACCCAGAGUUUAAUGACUUUUUAAAUGAGUUACAACCAGUUUUAGAUGUAGUAAAAGUAUCUAUCGAACAAUUAGUCCGUGAUUGUAAAGAAUUUAGCCAAGGUAUUAUAAAUGUUGGUAGGUCUGUCGAAAUUGGUAAAUUAAGUGACUCUUCUAAAUUCCAUCCCCAAGAUAAAGUUCUAAUUAAAGUUUUACCAGUUCUACCUGAGGCAACUAAAAAGGCAGAUUUAUUAUCAGAUGAAGUUAAACUAUCAAUUAUGGAAUUUGAAAAUUUAAUGCAAGUGUUUGGUGAAGAUUCUAAAGAUAAGUUUGCCAAAAAUUCGUUUUUCAAAAAAUUUGCUGAUUUCAUUAAUGAAUAUAAGAGAGCUCAAGAACAGAAUUUGAAAGUUGAGGAAGAAGAAAGAAUCUACGAAAAUCACAAGAAAAGAAUUGAAGAGCAACAAAAACGUCUUGAAGAUUCAAAGAAAAAAUCACAUAGCGAUGAUACUAGCAAUACUGAUGGCACUGAAGAAGAAGAAGAUGAAGAUCGUCGUGAUGUUAUGGAUAAAUUAUUAGAACAAUUAAAGAAUGUUGGCCCUGUAAAAACAGACCCUACUUCAGCAAGAAAACGGGCAAUGGUCAGAAAGAAAUUACAAAAUGAAAAAGAGACUGCUAGCCAAAUAUUAAAGGAAUUUGAAACUGGCGAAGAUUCAAUUGUUUAUUCCCCUACAGAUUCUAAGAUAACACCAAAGAAAGUAUCUAAUGAAUAUCUCCAAUCUCCAACACCAGGUGAGAAAAGUAGCUUGGCUGAUAUGACAUCCACGCCUAAUCCAACUACAAUAACAACAACAACGGAUGGAAAAGUGACAAAUGAUUCUUCUAAUGAUGAUCUUGACCAAGAAAUAGUUGAUCGUGCAAAAUCAUUAUUGUUUGAAUUGCGAGGAUCUCAGACACCAACAAGGAAAAAUUCUGUUCUAGAAGAAAGAAAGGAGAAGUUACGCGCACGUAGAAGAAAUACAUCUGAUUUAACAUCGAAUAAACUAAAGUUUGUUAGUUCUGAUAAAACUGUGGAUGGUGAACCAGAUAGUCCCGACUUGCUAACUCAAGAGUCUAACCCUAACGAUAAGAUCGAAGAGGAGAAUCCAUCAAUAGACAUAUCAACAGAAAGUAACAUGAUUUUGUCUUCUUUCGAUAAUAAUCUUCAAACAAUUGACUCUGACACCCUUGUAUCUCAAGGUACUGGUAAAUUAGGACCAAAUGAUGAAGAAUAUGAGCAUAAGAUUCAAAAAAGUAUCGAUUCUAUCGAGAUUUUUGAUGACACAGAAGCAGCUCAUCCCGAGAAUACUAGUACUAAUGCUGCCACUACUACUAUUAGUGAUAGCGACGAAGAUCAGUUUCAUGAACUUUAA